ACACAAUGUUCAAUCAAAGUUCGGCGCCUGCAUUGCACUGAGAAACUAGUCUAUCUGAAUGACCUGAAAAUCCUGUACAAUGGCGACCACCGGCAACUCUGAGUUCGAUCCUCAGCUGAUAGUUUCUCAUAAAUUUCCCGAGGCUACCUAUACUUACACCCAGAGAGAUGUUGCUUUGUACGCGCUGGGAGUUGGAGCGUGCGCAAAGGACGCUGUAGAUGAUAAAGAGCUCAAAUUUGUUUAUCAUAGAGAUGGUCAGCAAUAUAUCCAGGUCUUGCCGACGUUUGCAGCACUAUUUUCUAUCGGUUAUAGUGAAACAAUUGCAGAGAUACCAGGCUUGCGAUAUAAUCCACAUCUCCUAUUGCAUGGGCAGCAGUAUAUUGAAAUCUAUAAGCCACUUCCUUCAAGCGGUUCUGUAAUUAAUAGAGCAAGUAUUGCUGGAUUGCACGAUAAAGGUAAAGCAGCUGUUCUAGAAGUUGAAAUUGGGUGCUAUGAGAAAGAAUCAGGUGAUCUUCUAUGUAUGAACAGGAUGUCUAUUUUCUUGAGGGGUGCUGGUGGCUUUUCAAAGUCUUCCAAUCCUUACUCAUAUUCCAAAUAUCCAGCAAACCAAACAGCUCCUUUGAAAAUCCCCAACCGCAAACCAUUUGUUGUUUUUGAAGAUUGUUCACAGCCAUCUCAGGCAUUGUUGUACAGGCUCUCUGGUGAUUACAAUCCCUUGCAUUCAGAUCCUAUGGUUGCAGAAGUUGCAGGGUUUUCUCGCCCUAUAUUGCAUGGGCUAUGCACACUUGGGUUUGCUAUCAGGGCUAUCAUUAAGUGUGUCUGUAGAGGAAACACAAACAUGAUAAAGGGUAUUUCUGGCAGAUUUUUAUUACACGUGUACCCUGGGGAAACCAUAGUAACAGAAAUGUGGCUUGAAGGUUUGAGGGUCAUAUACCAGGUGAAGGUGAAAGAGCGUAAUAGGGCAGUGCUUUCUGGUUUCGUAGAUCUUCACCAUUUAACCACCUCAUCCCUUUGAGUGAAAAAGUUCAUCCAUGAAAUGAAGUAUGACGCCUGGAGGAGUGUGGGAGGAGAGUGUUUUUCAUUAUACGACACAAAACUAUUUGCCUAAAUCUCUGUCUACAUAUCGUAGGUGGAUAUAUCCUGCUAUUAUAUCCAUUGUAGUGUGCUUAGUAUUCUCCAGAUUUAAUAAGUUUGUUUAAGAUUGUAUUACAUAAUGUAUUAAAAUUGUUAAGAUUGUUUUUUUUUAUUGUUGCUCCCUAUUGUUGUAUGCACUUUUGGUUUCUGCAUUGAGCCACUACACAACUUAAUUUCUCUCCUCAAUUACAAAGAUAUGCAUUGAUGACCAUUUGAUGUGCCAA